AUGUUUGGUUUGGGUGGUAUGUUUGGCGGCUUUGGACAAAGUACAGCAAGGAUAAUCAACAAAGAGGAUAUAAAGGUCGCCUUCAAAGAUGUUGCUGGUUGUGAAGAGACCAAGAUAGAAAUCAUGGAGUUUGUAAAUUUUUUGAAAAAUCCUCAGCAGUACAAAGACCUUAACGCAAAAAUUCCCAAAGGUGCAAUAUUGAGUGGUCCGCGUACCGGUAGAACUCUGCUUGCGAAAGCAACUGCCGGUGAAGCUAAUGUGCCAUUCAUCACUGUGUCCGGCUCUGAGUUCCUUGAAAUGUUUGUUGGUGUUGGUCCAGCUCGAGUUCGUGAUAUGUUCGCAAUGGCAAGAAAAAACAGCCCAUGCAUCCUUUUUAUUGACGAUAUUGAUGCUGUUGGUCGUAAGAGGGGUGGCAAAGGUGGAAUGGGAGGGCAUUCUGAACAGGAAAACACGCUGAACCAACUGCUUGUAGAAAUGGAUGGUUUUUCUACCGAAGAGUCGUCUGUGAUAGUGAUAGCCGCUACGAAUAGAGUAGAUAUCUUGGACCCCGCUCUCUUAUGA